AUGUUAGCAAGUGCGAGUGGGGGCGCUGGCAGUGGAAGCACAGGUGGUGCGAUGUCGUGGAAAGAGCAUAUUCUCGACGAGAUUCCCGUAGCCGCAGAGGACGUGGGAGAUGCUGUGACAUGUCUGCUUCAUACCAUUUUGUUUACAAGAGCGCCAGGACCCGUCCGUCCCAGUGAAGCCUCAUGCCAGGCCUUCCCUAACAUCACGUACGCUUUGUGUGCAGUGGGAGACGUUAGUCGUAAGGUCGAUCACGCCGUACGCAGCUUUGAGGAGUCGACGGUAUUGGGAGAUGGCAGUAGCUACUUGAUGGGAGCUAAUAGCAGUGUUAUGACCCCAUACGGGCAACCGUCGAUGGGUGCAAGUAGCAACGUUCGAGGUGCCAAUAAUGGGUACAUAGUAGUAACCUUUUUUGAGCGAAAAGUGAAAAAAGCCUUGUUUGGACUUAUGUCCAAUGAGGAGAAGACGGUGUUUGAAAAGUGGAUUGUGCCCGUGACGGUGACGUCGUCACCUGCUGCGUCACAAGAAGAGAAAGAAUUGUGUGCGGGAGAGACGGAAGCGGCGCUUCAGAAUGCCCUGCUGCAUAUUCUGACGGCGGUACAGAGCAUUGAGCACAUUCCAAUUGCGAUGUACGAUUUUGAGAUUAGGACGUUUAACAGUGUGGAAGCUGCACAGGUUGGCAGUGGAUAUGGCGCAGGGUUGGGAAGUACUAGUGUACGCCUCAUGCCGUAG